CUCAGACCCUGUGGAGAUAAGACUUUAGAGGUGGAGUUUACAGAUACCUUUAAAACCCUGAGUCGCAGUGCUAGCAGGAUCAUUUCUUCUCAGCAUCCUGUCCAGCAAAGAAGCAACUCACCAGAAUGAUGCUCGGAGGUACUUCAGAGGCCAGACCUGCCACACCAGAAAUCCAGGAAAUCGCUGACAAGGUCAGACCACAGCUUGAAGAGAAAACCAAUGAGAAAUAUGGAAAAUUCGAAGCCGUUGAGUAUAAAACUCAAGUCGUCGCUGGCCUCAAUUACUUCAUUAAGAUUAAUGUAGGGAAUGGUUGUUACCUUCACGUAAGAGUCUUCAGUGGCCUUUCUGAAAAAGAUAAUUUUGAACUUCAUGGUUACCAGACUAACAAAAAGAAGAAUGAUGAGCUGAUCUACUUCUAAGUAGCAAGUUCUAAAGUGAUCUGAUUCUUCUCAUUGUAAAGAGAUGCAGCCAUCAAUAAAGAAGCAUUCUUGAAAUAACCGUUUCCCUCCCUCAUUACUCAGCUUAGUGUUGACUUUUACUUCCUAGACAAUUAUUUUUGGAUAUGGAAUGUUUCAUGAAUUUGUAUGUCAUCCUUGGGCAAUGGCGAUGCUACUCUGUGUUGUUACAAUUUGUAACCUACAUGCUGCCAUACGGAGCACUGUGUUCAUGGUUCAGAGUUAGUACUCCACAAGAAAUGAUUCCAACUGGAAGCCUUAUAAAAACUACAGCUCAGUUGCAAUUGUGUAAAAGAUCUUAUCACCCCAUCCUCACUUGCAGGUGCCUUGGUGGCUGUCAGAGAAGCACACUUCUUGAUUCCGUCGUUUGCCUGGAACUAAGCAUAUCA